AUGUCGCACCGCUUCAGCUACUUAGCCUCCGUUGCCUCCUUUGGAAGGGAUGAAAUGACCCUGCGUGAUGUGGGGUCCGGUCUGGUUCGCGGUAGCGAAAAGCCCCACAUGCUUAGCAAGACUGGCCAAUACCGCAACUGCCCACAUGGAGAGAUCGACAUGAAGUGA